AAGCUGAAUGAUGUACUGUGUAAAUGCCAUACUUGGCCUCCUCCAGCUCCUCAGUGCGCUGGAUAGCAUCAGUCUCGUAUUUGGUCCUCCACUGUGCCACCUCACUGUUGGCCUUGGACAUUCCUCGCUGCAGCUCAGCUUUGGCCUCCUGCUCCUCCUCAAACUGCUCUCUGAGCAGAUCACAGUCAUGGCGGGAAGACUGAACAGAAUGGGCCAGGGCAUUCUUGGCCUAGUCAACAUAGAUGGAAAUGUGAAAUUCUGAAUGUGAGUUUAAAAAUAAUGAAAGCAAUUAUUUGUUUAUUUGUUUCUUCUUUGUUUUCAUGUUCCAGGUAUAUAAGAUCAAAUCAAUUAGUACUUUAUCAAAAAAAGUACUUUAUCUUAUACCUUCACUUCCUCCUCAACAAGUCUCUUGAGUUCUUCAAUCUGCUGAGUAAAGGCCUGCUUUCCCCUGGUCAGCUGGGAAACCAGAGCUUCUUUCUCCUCAAGCUGGCGUGAAUACUCACCUGCAAAGAAAAGUGGCAAUGGGUUAUUAAAAAUAUAAAGAAACACUAUGUUGGUGGAUAUCUUUGCUGUCAUACCAUUCUCAGUUUGGAGUCUUGCCUUGUGAGCAUUGAUAUCGUUCAGCUGACGGACAUGCUCAUCAUUUUUAGUUUUGAGUUCUGCAAACUGGUCUUCAAGACUUCUGCACAUUUUUUCCAAGUUGCCCUGUCAUAACAAAAAAACAAGCAAUGUUGUAUUGUUAAUAUUUAGUAUUUGAUCAUUUCAAACAAAGUCACCCCCAUGAAAUAUACUCACCUUAGAUUUAGCAACAGCCUCCAUGUUGCUGGAGAGGUCAUCAAUCUCCAUCUUGUACUCGCUCUUCUCCUUCUCCAACUUCUGCUUGACACGCUGGAGAUUGUCGAUCUGUUCUCCCAGCUCUGCAACACUGUCGGCUUGCUUCUUGCGUAGAGCGGCUGCUGUAGACUCAUGUUGCAGGGUGGAUUCUUCGAGAUCACGGCGGAGCUUCUGGAACUCAGCCUCACGCUUCUUGUUCAUCUCAAUCUGAGCGGCUGUUGCUCCACCAGCUUCCUCAAGCCUCUCACUGAUCUCCUCCAGCUCUCUGGAGAGGUCAGCCCUCUGCUUCUCCACCUUGGCCCUUGCGGCCCUCUCAGCCUCAAUCUCCUCUUCCAGCUCUUCAAUACGAGCCUAGGUUUCAUGAUAGAGUUGCCAAAAAGUGAACAACAGGGGACUACAGAUGGAAAUUAGCUGCAAGCUAAAUCUGGUGCACUACCUGAAGCACAAUGAGAUCACCUAGUCUAUCUUCAAUGUAAUACACUAAUCAAUUUACCUGGAGUUCCUUAAUCUUCUUCUGGAGCUGAGCCCCUAGAGACUGUUCAUCCUCAAUCUUGCUGAGGAGCUGGCUGGUCUCAAAGUCUUUCCUUUAGAAAGUAGAAAGGUAGGAAAAAAAUAAUAAAAAAAAUUUGCUAAUUUUCUCACACAGGACAAACUUGUGUGUGAAAGGCAAUAUUUGGUAUUACAUACUUUUUGAGUUUUUCAUCUGAUUGCUGUUUGUCAUUCUCCAGAUCCAUUAUGGAUUCCUGGGAGAGUUUCAGAUCUCCCUCAAGCUUCCUCUUGGCUCUCUCAAGGUCCAUGCGGAGCUUCUUCUCUUGCUCCAGUGAGCCCUCGAGCUGUUGGGAAAUGUUGAUUUAUGUAUAUUUGUAGAAUGUAACAUCAGUUCAUAUACUCAAUUAACUUGAGGGGAAAUGUUUUCUUACAUCAUCCACUUGCUGUUCCAGCUUUGUCUUGGCCUUGGUCAGAGUGUUGACUUUGUCUUCCUCUGCCUGGAGAUCAUCCAGUGUUUGCUGGUGGGCCUCUUGGAGGGCUUUCUUCUCCUUUGUCAACUUGGCAAUAGACUCAUCUUGAGUUGCCAGCUCCUCUGUCAGGUUUUUCACCUGAAAUAUUAUAAUUAGUUUUAGUGCAAUUUAUUUAUUCCAUAUAUGUUGAAUGUAUUAUUGUGAUUGAAAGAUAAUCAUAAAUAAACUUGAACCUUGUUUUCUGUGGCAUGUUUCUCCUUCUCCACUUUAGCCAAGGUGAGUUCCAAGUCAUCAAUAUCUUUCUUCAACUCUGAGCAUUCGUCCUCCAACUUCCUCUUCUUGGCAGUCAGCUCAGCAUUAAUUUCUUCUUCAUCUUCCAGUCUCUCGGACGACUCUUUGAGUUUGGCCUCGAGUUGGAUCUUGCUCUUAAUGAGCCCUUCACACCUUUCCUCAGCAUCUGAGAGGUUCUCGGUUUCCUACAUAUUAACCAAGAAAUCAUCUAUUCCAUUAGAGAAUGUAUUUACAACACAGCUUUUUCCAAAGCAUGUACACAAUAGCAUCUAAACAAUAAAAAAAAAUCUUCUUUCAAUGUUAGUAUACUGUAUAAGCUAUAAGCAGUGGCAAGCUGUGUGUCAUACUUCGUACCGCUGCCACUUGCAGUUGGAGGUCAUUCUUCUCCUGCAGCAGGGAAACCAUCUUCUCUUCCAGCUCUUUCUUUUUGGCCAAAGCUGUAGCCAGGUCUGAUUGCAUCUUAUCAUAAUUGUCCUUCAUUUGCUGCAGCUCUUUCUCAGUCUCGGCACUCUUUAGCAGAGGCUUAAUCUUGAAGUACAGCUUCAACCAUGGCCAGUUUUUCACAUUCAUGAAGGAGCGGAUGUUAUACUGAAUACUGAAGAUAGAUUCUCUGGAAGACAUACACGCUGGUUUUGUAUUUGGUUGUAUGUAAAUAUAAACAACCACUUUCAUAAUAAAUUGUUCAGUCAUACCUUCUCUCCAUCAUCUUUACAAACUCUUUUCUCAUAACAUAUCCUCUGCAGAGAGCCUGAGUCAUGGUCACCAGCUCAGCCAGUUUCUCAUCUCUCAUCUCUUCCAAGGUACCCAGAAGACCAGCUUUGAAGAACACCUGAGUUUGCAAGUCAGUAUUUGAACACAAACAGAGUAGAUGCAAAAGAAGACAUUCACCUCUCAAGUUUUAUGAUAAUAUCAUAUAUGGGAAUGCACCUUUGUGUGUCCAAACUUGUACUGAGUGUGAUCCACAUCAAUAGAGCUCAGCAGUUUCUCUGAAGCUUUCUUGUUGUCAAUGAACUGACCCUCUGGGAUGACACUGGCAUUCAAUACUUUGUAUCUGUGCGAUAAAGUGUUAUAUAAUCAGUUAUGUACAUUUUUCUUGUAAUAUACGUUAAUUUUUUGUUUUCCUUCAUUGUAGUGCUAUUAAUAUUCUGAAAUUUACCUCUGCUUGAAAUCACCGUAGAGGAUUCUGCUGGGGAAGCCCUUUCUGCAGAUUCUGAUGCCCUCCAGCACACCGUUACAUCUCAGUUGGUGGAUGACCAAGAAGUUCUCCAUAAGACCUGCACAUAAAUAAAUACCUCUGUUUCAAUUCUGUCUUUCCUUUUAGUGCUUAAAAUUCAGGAAAAUGGCACCAAAAAAAGACACACCUGGGGUCUUUGAUUCAUUGGGAAUCAAGCAACGCACAAAGUGAGGCUUUAAUUAAAACACUAUGUUCCUGACCUGUGGGACGGUCUGACCUUUGGUCACCAUCUCAUUGCCAACUUUGACUCUGGGAUAGCACAGAGCUUUCAGCAUAUCAGCAGAGUUCAGACCCGCAAGAGUCGCGGAGGUAUGCUGGAGCCUAUCCCAGCUGACUUCGGGCGACAGGCAGUGUACACCCUGGACUGGUCACCAGCCAAUCACAGGAAGACGAUGAUCUGCCUUAUGAGGAAGAGAUUAUUAGAAAUCCAUAUUCAGUCAAGUGUUGGAUGCGUUACCUGGAGUUCAAACAGAAUGGGGCCAAAUCCACCAUCAAUAUGAUCUAUGAACGGGCUCUGAAAGAGCUACCUGGAAGCUAUAAACUUUGGUACAAUUACCUGAGGGAGAGAAGGAAACAAGUGAAAGGGAAAUGUAUCAACGAGCCAGUCUUUGAAGAGGUCAACAAUUGCCAUGAAAGAGCACUGGUGUUCAUGCACAAGAUGCCCAGAAUAUGGAUUGACUAUUGCCAGUUUCAAGUGUCGCAGUCUAAGAUCACACGAAGUCGGCGAACGUUUGACCGUGCACUCAGAGCGCUGCCUGUUACUCAGCAUCCUCGCAUCUGGCCUCUCUAUCUUCGCUUUGUCCGAAACCUUCCCCUGCCAGAGACCGCCAUCCGGGUGUAUCGCAGGUACCUCAAGCUUUCUCCUGAGAAUGCAGAGGAGUACAUUGAAUACUUAAAGUCGGUUGGCCGCUUGGAUGAAGCUGCUGUCCGUCUAGCAGCUGUUGUCAACGACGAAGGUUUUGUUUCCAAAGAAGGCAAAUCUAACUACCAGUUGUGGCACGAGCUAUGUGACCUGAUAUCGCAGAACCCCGACAAGGUUACCUCUCUGAACGUAGGUGCGAUCAUCCGCGGUGGGCUCACGCGCUUUACAGACCAACUUGGCAAACUUUGGUGCUCCUUAGCUGAUUAUUACAUCCGGAGCGGUGUUUUUGAAAAGGCCCGUGAUGUGUAUGAAGAGGCCAUUCUUACCGUGGUGACAGUAAGGGAUUUCACACAAGUCUUUGACAGUUAUGCCCAGUUUGAGGAGAGCAUGAUCGCUGCCAAGAUGGAGACCACCGCAGAGAUGGGCCAGGAUGAGGAUGAGGACAUGGACCUGGAGCUUCGACUUGCACGCUUUGAGGAGCUGAUUGCACGACGACCUCUUCUCUUAAACAGCGUAUUGCUGCGCCAAAACCCGCAUAAUGUCCAUGAGUGGCACAAACGUGUAAAACUAUAUGAGGGAAUUCCACGACAGAUCAUCAACACAUACACAGAAGCAGUGCAGACUGUUGAUCCCCUGAAAGCCACUGGGAAGCCUCACACGCUCUGGGUCACCUUUGCUAAAUUCUAUGAAGAAAAUGAGCAGCUGGAUGAUGCCAGAACUAUAUUUGAGAAAGCUACCAAAGUGAACUAUAAGCAGGUGGAUGACCUCGCCACAGUGUGGUGUGAAUAUGGAGAGAUGGAGCUCCGGCAUGAGAACUAUGAGCAGGCACUGAGGAUAUUGAGGAAAGCGACAGCCAUCCCAUCCAAAAAGGCAGAGUACUUUGAUGCCUCUGAGCCGGUGCAAAACAGAGUCUACAAAUCUCUGAAGGUCUGGUCCAUGUUGGCAGACUUGGAAGAAAGCCUUGGCACUUUUAUGUCUACAAAAGCGGUGUAUGAUCGCAUCAUUGACCUGCGCAUUGCCACACCACAAAUCGUCAUCAACUACGCCAUGUUCCUUGAAGAGCACAACUACUUUGAGGAAAGCUUCAAAGCAUAUGAGCGCGGUAUCGCCCUCUUCAAGUGGCCAAACGUUUACGACAUCUGGAACACCUACCUUACAAAGUUCAUAGAUCGAUAUGGAGGCAAGAAGCUGGAGAGAGCCAGAGAUUUAUUUGAGCAAGCCCUUGAUGGCUGUCCUGCUAAAUUCGCCAAGACCAUUUACCUGCUGUACGCCAAGCUGGAGGAGGAGUACGGAUUGGCACGUCACGCCAUGGCGGUCUAUGAGAGAGCGACGCAGGCGGUAGAAACAGAUGAGCAACACCAGAUGUUCAAUAUUUACAUCAAGAGAGCAGCUGAAAUAUAUGGUGUUACAUACACCAGGGCCAUUUACCAGAAGGCUAUUGAGGUACUUCCUGAUGAGCAUGCCAGGGACAUGUGCUUGCGAUUUUCUGACAUGGAGAGCAAACUGGGUGAAAUUGAUCGGGCCAGGGCGAUCUAUUCUUUCUGCUCUCAGAUUUGUGACCCCAGGGUCACGGCUGUAUUCUGGCAGACGUGGAAGGAAUUUGAGAUCCGCCACGGAAACGAGGACACGAUCAGAGAGAUGCUGCGAAUCAAGCGCAGCGUCCAAGCGACUUACAACACUCAGGUCAACUUCAUGUCCUCUCAGAUGCUGAAGGCCACAACGAGCUCCACAGGGACAAUUUCAGAUCUUGCUCCAGGUCAGUUGGGCAUUGAUGACAUGAAAAUGUUAGAGCAGAAAGCACAGCAGCUUGCUGCAGAGGCGGAGCAGGACAAACCUAAGCCAAAAGAAAAGAUUCUUUUCGUCAGGAGCGACACAUCUCGCAGCGAGUUGGCUGAACUCACUAAACAGGCUAAUCCAGAUGAGAUCGAUAUAGAUGACGACGAUGAAGAUGAUGACAAUCAAGGCCCGGAAGAGGUGCGUUUGGAACAGAAGAGUGUGCCCACUGCUGUCUAUGGAGGCCUGAAAGAGGAUUGAAACUUUGCUAAAUGUGGUCCUGUUUUUUUUUAUCAUUAAAUAUUCAAAAUACUUUUUUGAAUUUGUGUACAUUCUUGGAGUGAGUCCUGUGUCCACUGAAUGUGAUGUAUGUUUUUGGUAUUGUUCCUUGCAUGUUUUGGCUGGAGAAAGUAACAUGCUUUUCCUAGGGAUCACCACAAGGGGUCAGACUUGGCUUGUUCAAGUAUAAAGUAAAGUACUGUAUAGUAGAACAACUUUAGUCGAAGGAGGAAUAAAAAUUUUUGGCAAUGGAAUUUUGUUAAAUUUAGUUAGGAUUUAUUGCAUAUAUUUUUAAGAAAACAACCUGACUUUAAAAGAUACAUUCCGUAUCUGUACAUCUUUUUUUGGCACCGUAUCCUGGAGAAUUUGAACAAUAAAGACUU